AUGGGUGUUUUAAAUGAUCUCUUCGGCUUUAAUCGCGAAGCGCAUCAUCGCGCCGCGGUCGAACGUCGCCGACUGCUUCCCACCCACGCCAACGACGAGAGUGAAUCGUCGGAAUCUUCCAAGGAGAUUGCUAAGGUCGCUCUGCGAUUGAAAUACCAGAUUGAACAGGUUGUCUCCUGUGAGGUCGAUGAAGAGGUCCUGACCAACCCCAACAGCCGCAUUAUCUCCCAGGAUGUGAUCGAAACAGCCAGACGGGCUGGCGGUGAGGACUACAAGGCCUGUGUAGUCUUUUGUCUUCUCAUUUGUCUGCGAUGGUUCAAGAUGCAGUCCAAUAUCGAGCUGUGGGAUGCUGAUCUCCAUAUUGGACGAGCUGUGGCUUGCGAGGUUAUCGCUAAGCGCAUCAUCGAGAGUGAACCGGAUCAGGACUAUCUGCUCAAGAGUAUCCUGCUGAAGCGCUACUCUAUCUUCACCGAGGGAGAGGAGACUGCCCCCGCCAAUGUCAUCGAGCGCUCUGUUGACCUCCACGCACUCAGAGUCAUUAGCUCUGCCGGCUACCAGAAGUGCAUUCAGUAUCUCUGGCGUGGCUGGAUCUGUCAAGAAGAGGGCAAUCCGACUAAUUUUGUGGAGUACAAGGACAAGUCUAGCACCGAUUACUGGGUUCAUUUCCACCCGGAUCGGAUGAGGACCCCUUUGUACCAGAAUAUCUGUCAGAUCCUGUUCUCCCUGAUCUUUCUUGUACUGUACACAGCCGUGAUCAACACUGUCAACCCUACUGGAGAUCUGGACACUGCUGAGUGUAUUCUUUACGGAAUGACCCUCGCGUUCAUCUGUGACGAGGCAACAAAGUUCUGGAAGGUGGGACGGAAUUACAUCGAAUUCUGGAACGCUUUCAACUCGACCCUCUACGCGUUACUUGUCAUUUCAUUUGUCUUGCGUGUCGUCGCUUUGGCACACUCUUCGUCGACCCACGACGCAGAACGGCAGCUCUAUAACGGCUUGAGUUACAACUUUCUUGCAUUCUCAGGCCCGAUGUUCUGGAUGCGCAUGAUGCUCUACCUCGAUUCCUUCCGAUUCUUCGGUGCCAUGUUUGUGGUUCUGCGAGUCAUGAUGAAGGAGAGUAUCAUUUUCUUCGCUUUGCUCUUUGUGGUUCUCGCGGGUUUCUUCCAAGCAUUUAUUGGUAUGGCUCAGGUUGAUUCCGAUGUCGAUAUGACCAGACCCAUUAUUCAGGGUAUGGCCAAUAGUGUCAUGCAGAGCCCCGAGUUUGAGAUUUUCCAGGAUUUUGCUUUUCCCUUUGGCAUCAUUCUGUACUAUGUCUUUAACUUUGUUGUUAUGAUUGUGCUGCUGAAUAUUCUCAUUGCGCUUUAUAACAGUGCGUAUGAGGAUAUCUCUGGCAAUGCCACCGAUGAGUAUAUGGCAAUCUUUGCGCAGAAGACCAUGCAAUUUGUGCGGGCUCCAGAUGAGAAUGUUUUCAUUCCACCUUUCAAUCUCAUCGAGAUGCUAUUCUUGGUCGCACCAUUCGAGUGGUGGCUCUCACCCAGCCGUUACGCCAGGCUCAAUGACAUCGUCAUGGGCGUGAUUUACUCACCUCUGCUAGUGUUGACUGCGUGGAUUGAGACUCGUCAGGCGAAACGGAUUAGAUGGAAUCGACGACAUGGGGAAGAAGAUGAUGACUGUGAGCAGGAGUGGGAGCAUGUAGCCGGAGAUGUGAAUUUUGAUCUCGAUGACAGCUGGAUGGAGGAGGUCAAGCAGAGCACGCCGGAUAUCAGGGUGGACAGCUGUACUCUGGAGGUCCGACAACUGAAGGAGCAGGUCGCUGCGUUGACAGAGUUAGUUAAGAAGCUCACUGAGAAGACUGAGGGUGUGGAUGGUGUGAAUUGA